UCGUGAGAAUGUCGACUCAUAGUAUCGGACAUUUAAAAUUUGUUUGAUAUCCUUCUUUGUUCUUACUUUAUUAUUAUUAUUAUUAUUAUUAUUAUUAUUAUUAUUUAUCGUGAACACGUUUAUCGAGAAUAUCUUUAUCAUCUUCGAAGGAUGGAAGUGCUUAUCGACUGUUACUUCGACAAAUUGUUUUCCGAAUUGGAACGCAGUUGUUUAGCGUCGCGAUACAAGCGGCGAGAACUCGUCGGAUAUUUUUCAGACGUCAUAAACAGUUGUGCGGAAGCGGAAAAACUGGACAAACAAGAUGUCUGCGAGAGAAUAGUCCUAUCGGCAUUACGUUAUCACAACAUUACAAUGAUGGAAAAUGGCCAAGUAUGUUUAUUAGGAAAAUUCCAUAACGUUCUUUAUGUGGCAGCAAAGCUCUGCUUCGAUUGGAAGUUACGAAAUAACGAGAUAGUUAUUCGUUUGUUGAACGACAUAUUCUAUUGUGAGAAGACAUUCGAAAGAAUUUUCGUGGGAGCUAUAUUUGGUACUAGGGUGACGCAUUUUCUAUCUGGUUGGAAAAGCGAUUUCGAAGAUCAGGAGGAGAAUAUUAAAGCAUUGGUAUAUUUUAUGGAUCAUGCGAUUGAAGGUAAAUUGGAAUAUCGUUGUGCGUCUUCAACUAUAAAAUCUCGUUUCAUCGACGUUCCAAUGGAAUCUUAUGGUCAGGUUGUUCCGCUAAGAGUCGCAAUUCAGCAUGGUGCACCUGAUAUACUUAUGAUAAUGCUAAGAUACGGAGCUUCGAUAGAAUCGGACAACCUAGCACCGUCACCUAUAGAAAUCCUAUUGGCCAAAUUGAACGAGUACGAUAUUCAAUCAUCUGACGAAAAAAUAAUCUAUCCGAAAGAUCUACUUGUAUGUUUGAAAUUACUUUUAAGAACUAUACCUAUGGCAAGUGUAAAAACACCGAAUCAUAUAGCUGCUCAUAGCGGAGUCUUUAGCGUCUCUAUGUAUGAACAUUAUCCUAAUUUGGUCGAACAAAAUUUGGUACCACCGGAAAGAAGUGGAUUAUGUCCACCAGAAUUAAUACAUCUCUGUCGUUGUAGUAUAAGAGAGAUAUUGUUUCGAAAUUGGGCUCUUCCCCAUGGCAUUCAAAGACUUCAGAUACCGCAAACUCUGAGAAAUUAUUUGGACAUAAUGAGCGAUUGAUUGAAAUAGAUUUAAUAUUUAUUACAUAUAAUUAAUGAAAAGAAAAAAGAAAAGGUUCGGUGGUAUCAUCGAUUACGGUAAAAGCUUAUUUGGCACGAAAAAGGAGAUGGAUAAUUGUUUCCAAAGGUAGGAGAAAUUCUCCUUAUCGCCUGAUUGGUGUUCAUUAAGACCGAUGAAGACGUAUUUUCUAUGAGAAGUAUCGAUGCUCUACGCGGUUCGAUAGUCAUUACGGUAAAAUUAUAAGGGGAUCUAAAUCUUUCUGACCUAACGAUCGUUUUAAUACUUUAGACUAUUUUCUGGAUUAAAGCGUUGUAAAUAAUGUACUAUUCAGACAUUUUCUCAAAUAACAGGAUUCUAUUUAUUUUUAUUUUAAAUAUAUCUGAAAUUGUGUUUUACGCUUAAGAAAUUUGAAAAAACUCUUCAGGUAUAUAAUCGCGAUUAGAAAUUAAAUGAAUGCGUUUGACUUAAAUGAAUUAAAGAGAAAAAAGUGAUAUCUAUAAUCGCACAUAACUAUCAAUCUAUACACGUUUUUUUUUUUGCAAAACACGUUAGUUUAAACAUGUCUAAACACGUUAGUUUUUUUUUUUUGCAAAAGUUUAACUCCAACAUGCUUCGACAUAUUUUUCAAAGUAGUAUUAUACUAAUUAGGAACAGUUCGUAAUCUAUUUUCCGUUAUGUAUUGGAAAAACUUUUCGCGUUUAUAGCUCGAUGAUAGAAGAAGACAGAUGUAUGUUAAAGAAACUUACGUCAACCACAUGGUUAACGUGUAAAUUACGAGAAAACUAUCCGUAAUAUCGGCGUAAGCGACGAUCUCGUAAAUCAUGGAGAACUCCCAGCGCUAUUAGACGUGAGGGAAAGGGCUUCCCGAUAGUAUGAGCCGAUCAAUAAUUGCACGUAAUAUUCUGACCUUACACAUGUGUAUUCCUUCCUCUGGAAAAUUCGUACGUAAAUAUACGUAUGUAAGUACUUACGUAUAGUAAUACUAGCUGGAAAAAUUACGGUAAACGCAAAGGCGAGUAUCGAUGAAAGAGAGUUGAAGGGGAAAAAAAAAUGAGAAGGAAAAAAAAAGAAAGUGGACGAAAAAAAAAAGAGAAAAAAGAAAUAAUUGCCUCUUACCUCGGUGCGAAAUGCACAGCGCGAUUUAAUCGUUCGUUUCGUUCUCCCGCGUUUACCUUCGAGUUUGCUAUAGUUCGCAUAUCUUUUUUAUAUGUACGUAUGUAUAUGUAUUUAUCUGUGACGAUUUUAAAAGUCGAUCGUAUAACUUUCGAUGGAAGUCGAAGCCUUUUACUUUGCUCUUGCAUAGAUUGCAGAUAAUACGUGAUUUCCAACGAAGUGAACUUUAAAUCAAAUUCGAAAUUUAUGCUACUUUUUAAAAUACAAAGUUUUCAUCAAAAAGCAAACGCAUUUUAAAAAAGGGAUCAACUUAAUUUUGCAAAUAGUGAUAUACCAAAACAGAAAAAUCUCUCGAACGAAUAUCUUUUGGGAAUCUUUCCUUUGUCAAACGAAAUCGAUAAUCGCAGGAUUGAUGAUCGAGAAUUUUUUUUUAUCUUGCUCAAUAUAUUCUCAACAAGUUCUCUAAUGAAUUUCGCUGAAUCGACGAUUAAUCCAAGCAAUUGAUUUCUAAUCGUUUAGCCUGCGACAUUAGAUACCCUAGUCUAUCAUUGUUUUUUUCGUUGAGUGUAACUCUUUCAAGAAGGGUAAUCACGAUCGCAACAAAGCAUUGUUCGAUUAAUAAAUCUGACUACUGUUCUCACUAUUAUUCGAUCAUUGUAUUGUACUAAUAUUUGUAAUAAAUUUCUAUGGAAAAGACAAUAAAUCUAAUCCUUUUAUAUAACGAAUAAUGGUGUUUAAAAUUCGUAAAUGAACGAUCAUGUGAAAUGAGAUAUGUUAAUAAACGAUGAAAUUAUGUGAA